AUGACACAAACAUACUCAGUCACCCGGGCUGAGCCAUUUACCGUCCUACCGAUAACAACAAAGUACAGGUCCAACGAAUCGGUUCGGAAAUCCCUCCCGGCGGUAUGGAUGCGCGCUGGCACAUCCAAGGGCCUAUUCCUCCAUCGCCGCCAUCUCCCCGCGUCAAAAACGCUCUGGGAACCGAUUUUGCUAUCUGCCAUGGGCUCUAGUAAGGGAAGUUCUCGGCAGAUUGACGGGGUGGGCGGUGCAUCUUCGACAACGUCCAAGGUCGCCAUCGUAGAACGGUCGAAUCGACCCGGUGUCGAUGUCGAGUAUACGUUUGUGCAGGUGGCACCGGAUCAGCCACGGAUCGAUGUGACCGGGAAUUGUGGCAACAUCGCCUCGGGGGUGGGGCCUUUUGCACUGGAUGAGGGCCUUUGGGACGACGUAUGGGAAACUAGACUGAUUGAGCCCCAGGUCAAUAUCAAGAUUCUCAACACCAAUACCGGACAACAUAUCUUUGAAACAGUCCAGGUCGCCACUGACGGCUCAUUUCGAGAGGAUGGCGACUAUGCGAUUCCAGGCGUUGAAGGUACAGCUAGCCCUAUCAGAGUUGCAUUCCUCAAGCCGUGCGGUAGUAUGACGGGCCAGAUGUUUCCGAGCGGAAUGCAUCAAGAGAUGCUAACGGUGCAAUCCCGGGGAUUUGGAACACUUGCCGUGCGAGUUAGCCUUGUUGACGCUGCCAAUCCGUUUGUGUUUGUUGAUGCAGCGUCCUUGCCAGUAGAAGCCUCGUCCAGUAUCGCGGAUGCUGCGGAUCCAGUCUUCCUGGGGCUGAUCGAGGAUAUUCGGAGGCAUGGCGCCGUGCGGUUUGGCCUUGCUGAGAAUGUGCAGGCUGCGGGUCAGGUUCGCGGUACCCCGAAGAUUGCCAUUUUGUCUCCCGCAACGGGUGACGUGGAUGGCGUGGACAUUGAGGUGAAGGCGUUCAGUAUGGGGAAACCCCAUGCGAGUCUGCAGUUGACGGGGGCGGUGUGUCUCGGUGCGGCGACGAUCAUACAUGGCACCAUCGCUUGGGACUUGGCCCAUGCGAAGGAAGGAAAAGAGAUGCCAAAGCAUGGAAUGUCGCUGGGAGACCACCAGAUUGCAGGUGCUGUGCCGGUCGGCAUCCGCCAUCCGGCCGGGGUCAUCCAUACGGAGACGGUCCUGGGGAUGGACAGGCAUGGCGCGAUCGACGUUGACCGGGUGGCGGUUUAUCGGACGGCUCGACGGCUUUUCGAGGGCCGUGUGUUUUAUAGACCUUAG